UCGGAACAAUUAUAAAAAUUCAUAUAGUUACUGAAACGGCAAAUGAUUUAAUCAUAUCAGAAUAGAUCAAAGAAGAUGAUAAACGUUUUUAAGAUUGUUGAGCGAGUUCAUCGACCCUUCCUGAACGAAUAGUAAAAUCCAGUGGAGUCGACGACACGUUUCAUGUAGAGAUAGACACUCGCACAUUCGUACGAUAACGGACACACGCUUACUCUUAGGAAAGUAUGCCGUGACCUCGAACAAGGUCCCGUUAUCCAAGGCAAAGCCUUGAUCGUCUUCGUCCUCAGUCUUGACUCGGUAGUCAAGCAAAGAUGCUACUUCCUAUUCUUGCUUGUUUAAGCCUCUUAAUUGGUCAUCGUGAACUUGUUCCUACGAACAAUGGAAUUAUCAUAGGGACAACUAUUUUUGGACUUGUCACGUUACCUUAUGGUUUUGCUGCUGGGCCUAGAUAUGUUCCAAAAUGGAAGAAACAAGCUUGUGAGAUUCCAGCGUCUCAGCAUCCAAAUUCUCAUUACGUUUGUGACGAAGCUGGCGAAGUGAAAUGUUUGCUAGGUUGGACCGGUGAUCUUUGUGAUGUACCAAUCUGUCGAAAAGGCUGCGAUCCCCUUCAAGGUUUUUGUCGACGUCCAGGUGAAUGCAGGUGCAAGAUCGGAUUCUACGGUGAGCUAUGCGACAAAUGUGUGGCUCUACCUGGUUGCCAGCAUGGAAGGUGUAACGUGAGUUUCGAAUGUGCCUGUGAUCCCGGAUGGAAAGGAUUGUUCUGUUCCGAACCGAUCUGUGCUCAGGAUUGUUUAUCGAGUCAAGGAUAUUGUAACAAGCCAGGAGAAUGCAGGUGCCGGUUAGGCUGGCAAGGACCAAAAUGCAAACAGUGCGCUGUUUUACCUGGAUGCGUUCAUGGAACUUGUCAAGGGCCAUUGGAGUGUCGAUGUGAACCUGGCUGGACUGGAUUAUUGUGUCAGACUCCCAUCUGCGCGCCAGGAUGUAGCAAGGAACAUGGUGGAUGUCGUCGACCUGAUACCUGCAGAUGUCGUGUCGGUUGGACAGGUAAAAAUUGUACCGAAUGCGUACCAUAUCCAGGAUGUAUGCACGGUUCCUGUAAAAGACCAUGGGAAUGUAGAUGCGAAUCUGGUUGGUCCAGUGAUCUUUGCGACGAGAAAUUAACUUAUUGUGAGAAUCAUUCUGAUAUCUGUCGAAAUAACGGGACUUGUGUCAGCAUGACACCGGAAGAUGGUGAUUACAGGUGUAUUUGUCCGAUCGGUUACAUUGGCCGUCAAUGUCAAAUUAAAACGACGGUACCGUCUACUGAGUUGACACCUCCCAUGCCGGAUCCCGGAUCAGAUUUGUCAAUCGAUCCGCAAAGAGUAUCGAUCAAGCCUGAAACCGUUGAAAAUGGAAAUGUCAGUGAGGAAAUGGAAACUGCCGAACCGCUAGGCCCUAUAGCGAUCACCGAUCCACCUUCGACCAUUGAUCCUUCGGCAACAGCAGGAAAAUGGCCGACUGAGUCACCAACCUAUUCACCAUCCAUCGAAGACGAUGAAGAAAACGAGACGUGAAACUCGAUACUUUUGCCUCUUUAUUUAUUUAUUUAUUUAUUUAUUUAUUCUUUUAUUUAAUCAUUCAUUCUCAUGAUUGCACACGCAUACAUAUUUAGAUAUUAUUUAGCUAUAUCCGAUGUACCUACAUAUCUAUAUAUAAAAUGAAAGUUAUAUCAAUUGACGUGGGUAAACGAUAAUACGAUAUAAGCUUUGUUCGUAUGACUGUUCGGUAAACUGCGUGGGCGACGUGAGAGAGAUCGUUCGAAGAUUUUCCGCGUCCGCAAUCGCUUUCUCAAAAUUCGUUUGCAUCGCGGAUCAUGAUCGUUACUUUAUCUUCGACGGCUAAGUUGUAAAUGGUACAUACAUGUAUGGUAUUCAAAGGGGUACAACGCGCUGCAACGUUCGCCGUCACGCUUCAACGAUCACGCUCUGCCGAUUUAGCGAUACGUACAUAGUCAACUAUACCUAUAGGGUGGUACAUUUCAAUGAAUAUACUUUAGUAUUUUAUUCUAUUCGUCAAAUUUAAAAUGGUCAUUUGGAAUAGUCAAGAAGAAAUUUGUACUUUUUAAAACUUGUCGUACAAACAUUUUUAAACAUUUUCUUUUUCUCUAUAGAAAAAGAGAGAGAAUAAAAAAAUAACAUUAACAAUUCGUUAAUUUGAUGAAAUUAUUCCAUAAUGAAAAUGUAUAUUUUUACAAAAAGUAAAUAUUAGUAUAGGUAACAUAUAAAAGAGUUCCUACUGAAAAAUGUGCCACCCAAUAUAAUCGAAGCGUGCAUCCAGAUCUCGCUACCCACGUAAUCCUAUCGACUUACAUAACACUUUUAACCAAGUCGUGCUGGCACACCAUGGUGCUGGUAAUCGGAACAGAGGACCCGGCGCCUCUCUUCUUUCACCAGACUGGAAUUGCUGCUUUCCACGCCCGAAUAACGAGCAAUGUCGAAGAAUUAAUGGCCACCUUGUUUAUAACUGGAGCAAUUUUUUCUCAUGUUAAGUCCUGAUAAUAUAUAAUACAUAUACUUUUCAAUUUCUUAAAUACUCGAGAUCAUCGUUAUUUAUUCAUGAAAAUUAAGACAAAGAAAACUAUCAAGAGGAAAAUUAUUAUUUUGAAAUUUCAGAAACGCUACGAAUUUUUCCAUUUCUUAAUUAACACAAUUUUAUAUAAAAUUUUAUUUUAGAUUAAACGCAGAGAGAGAAAGAGAGUUUGAAUAUUCUUGAAUGACCCGAAACGAUAACGUUUCCCUUAUUUAUUUUAAUUAUGAGUUCUAUUACGUAGAAUAAUGAGCCGAUAAAAAAGAUCGUUUGAUAGUCCAAGUACUUGAUACACACGAAAUACCGGUUAUGGCGUCGUUUUAUCGAUCGAACGCCAAGCAUACCAAUGAGAAUUCAUUUCUCUUCCGCUUUCGCCAAGGAACGGUAGAUUGAUCGAUCGACCAAGAGCGAAAUAAACGGUUUUGCUCGAUUAUAGGAUUCAUGGAAUACUUAUAUUUCAAUCAUGAUCUUAUCACAUAGUAUGUCACAUCCCAAUCGAUCAUCAGAGUACUAUCAAAAAGAGAAAGAAAAUAUAAGGAUCUAGAUCGAUCGAUACUUAUAAAACGUCGAAUCAUUGAAGAUUUUCUAUGGAAAAUUAAUUUAUGAACGGUAUAUAAAAAAUAUAUUUAUUAUUAUAGAUAUAAAAGGAAAAGUGGAAAGUGCAUCAAUCGAUAACGUAAACCGAUUGGUUACUUCUAGAGCGAAACGACCUAGUUUCUGUAACACGCACGAUUCUAACGAAUAACGACACACAUUACAUAUUACGUAUGUAUCAGAAAACGAAGAACGCGUAUGCAAGGAAUGCAUAUAUACACACACAUAUACUUACAUCUCGAACAUUAAACACCUUCCCUUCGAAUAUUUCCUUCGAGAUGACAACAUGAGAAAUCGACUUUCGAUGUUAAACACAUUGAAAUUGGUUGGAAAAAAAACAUAAAAAAUAUAUAAAAAUUAGUACAAAUGUGU